UCUCUCCUGCUCGGCGGCCUCCGCGAACCGCUUCCACCUGAUGUCAUCACGCAGAAGGGGGUGAAAGGGACUCGUGACAGAUUCAGACAUGAACACCCUGGUGAACGCCCAAGGCCUGCCAGCUCUGUGAUUCCCUGGGUGGCACCAAGAAGACAAGGUGGUAACUGCUAAGGAGCAGCUCUUCUUCCUCCUCCGCCCUCGGGGCCUCCCCCUUCCUGCCCGCGGACCGCGAUGGAGACCCUCUCCCAGGAUUCUUUGCUGGAAUGUCAGAUCUGUUUCAAUUACUACAGCCCCCGGCGCAGGCCCAAGUUGCUGGAUUGCAAGCACACCUGCUGCUCCGUGUGCCUCCAGCAGAUGAGGACCAGCCAGAAGGACGUGCGGUGUCCCUGGUGCCGGGGUGUCACCAAGCUCCCCCCGGGCUUCUCGGUGUCCCAGCUCCCCGAUGACCCCGAGGUCCUGGCGGUCAUCGCCAUACCCCACGCUUCAGAGCACACCCCGGUCUUCAUCAAACUCCCGAGCAAUGGGUGCUACAUGCUGCCCCUGCCCAUCUCCAAGGAGCGCACUCUGCUGCCCGGCGACCUGGGCUGCCGCCUGCUGCCCGGGGGCCAGCAGAAGUCCCUCACGGUGGUGACCAUGCCCGCCGAGCAGCAGCCCCUGCAAGGGGGGGCCCCCCAGGAGGCGGCCGACGAGGAGCCAGACCGGCGGGGAGCCGUGAAAAGCUCCACCUGGUCGGGCGUGUGCACUGUCAUCCUGGUCGCCUGCGUCUUGGUCUUCCUCCUGGGCAUCGUGCUGCACAACAUGUCCUGUAUCUCCAAGCGCUUCACGGUGAUCUCCUGCGGCUGAACGAACCCCAGGGGCAGGGCAGGCUCUUGGUGGGUGCCAACGUUAGAGGUGGGGGGCAGCUUUGGUGAUGGGGAUCCCGAGGAGAUGGGGGAGGGGGUGACACUGACCGCUUUGGUGCCAAGCGCCGGCCACCCGGCUUUGCUACUUGAUCCACCCGCAGGACAGGCACGGAGGGUGGAAGGCGAGGUCCGAGCAAGUAUGGCAGGCGACUUGCUGUGUGUGGAUGGAGCCGGCUUUGAAGACGACUGCAUGCUUCCUCAUAAUCAUGUAUGAAAUGGGGCCUGUAAAUUUAUGAUUUCCUCAAGAUCACACCACGAGAUAGACAUAUUCUACUUAGACAUUCAACUGUACGCGUGCAUACAACGAUCUCUAAAUACAGUAGGCUCAAACGAAGAUGCUGUGUAGAUGAGUAGAAUUAAACCUCGGGUCCACGUAGAAAUUCAGUAAAGACACCUAGUGCUGGCUGCUUUGGCCUUUCUCUUUUUCUUCUGUUUUAUUUUAAUGACACCCAGUGUUCUUUCUGUUGCUAAGGCAUCUUAUACAUUUCGAAGGACACCCCAAUCCAAAUAAGUAAAAACGGAUUGUCGUGAUUGGAAGGACACAUGUAAACAAGAGUCUGCAGUGUGCUGUGUCUUGUCCUGUACCUUCCUUUCUCUUGUGAUUAGAAUUGGCUAGCCAUUUAUUCAUCUGAACGCAGACAAGGGAGCAUUCAACCAAGACAUAGUGAGAAAUGUCUAAUUCCACAGGAAGCCACGAUGCCGAUUUUCCUCAAGCCAUCUCACAAUUUAAAAUGUAAAUAGUUGUGUAUUGGUGUGUGUGUGUAGCGUGUGUGUAAUUUGAUUUACCUCAGGUUUUUGAGUCUUUUUCAGAAGAAUCCUGUGAGUCAGACUUCACAGGAAUGAAUAAGUUGUUGACCACUUUGUGAACACUGGAUCCUUUCCCUCAGCCCCCCGUGAGGUGUGGCCUACUUCCCCUCCAACACUCACCUGCUCCUUUGUUGUGUGUUUUUAAAUGCUGUAUUUUAAAGGUAGAAAUGGAGACCGUCGGAAGAGCUUGUCUUUCCUUCCAGUUUUGGGCUUUGUGACAACUAUGAAUGGCCGAGCAGCUGAGUUAGACGGAUUACUUUUUGAAAGAUGUUGGCCUGUGAAAGUCAGACCUUUUAGAACUGCAAUGUUCUCUUGAGAUAGAAGCAAGAAAAAAAAAGUCUUUUCUAUUUUAAAAUAUGUUUGUUUGUGUGUUGAGAAAAGUGGCAUGGUAAACAGCUCACAUUCCCAUCAAUGUGGGCCAGUUCCUUAUGAAUUUGUAACUACUUAAAAAUGUGUAGCAGUGUGUGGAUACACAUGAAGAAAGACCUACUAAAGUAAAAGGAUAAAUUCCUUUGGGGGGGAGGGAAGAGGGAGGAAAUUCAGCUGUGAGCUUUAGACUUCUUUUCUAAUUCCUUUCAUUGACUUCAGGAAAGCAAGUCCUCCACUUAAAUAGGAUUUUUAAGUUCUGUUGAACCCCAGCAAAUGGCAGGAAGGUGGGGAGAAAGAAGAGUAAAAUGAGCAGUGACUGGUUUCAGAAAGUGAGGCUAGACAAUAGCCCUUUAUGGAGACACUUUACCUAUAUGCUAGCUAUUACCUUCAAGCAACAUAAAAUUAUAUGCAUACUAGACUGAUGGAAUUAAUGUGGAAUAAAUUAAAAACCUAAUAACUAGAAUACAAAGCUAACACUUAAUUGGCAUGAGAAUUCAAUGUAAAAUUAUGAACUCUGAUUUUUCAAAUCUUACAAAUUUGUCAUAAAAACGGUUAGAAAAUGUAUUUGAAAGCUCAAACUAGAAAUUAGGUUACAAUGCCAUUUUAUUGUGUAAGCUAUUGAGCAUUAUACAACAAAUAAUCUAGGAUUUAUUUGGUAUUAAUAAUUUAGGUAUCAUAUUAGCUGAAUACUAUCCUGUAUUAUGUAACACAAUAUACCGUUGGGUUAGUGUCAAUUUCUCAAACUCGCAGGCUGCUGUAAUGCAUGUCUGACCUAAUUUCUAUUUUUUUUUUCUUGGAGGGAAAAAAAUUACAUAGAAAUGUUGCAUUAAAAAUGCUGCAUUUCAAACAGAUUUUACCCUUGCAAUCCUAAGCCAUGGAAUAUUUAAAUUAAUUUGAUGAAUGGUAUCUGCAUACAUACAUGUACAGUGUGAAAUGACACAGCCUCUAGCAUAGUCUUUGAUAGAGUUGUGCUUGUGCAGUAGGUUAGGUAGCCGCCGUGGGCACUAAUGUGUGUGGUGAUGCAGUGUCCCAUGUUUCCUAGUCCAAAGCUGUAGAGUAAAAACCAAAUGUCCACAGAAUUGUUCCCUUAAAACCAGCCCUGUGCUGGAGCUGCCGUGGGCAGUGCAAAAUUAAUUGGCUCUCUGCUAGAUUCUUAACCUUAAAAUGAAUAGUACAAACACAAAGCAGAAUAUGUGUAUGUAAGUGUUUAAGAAACAUUAUUUGCAUUGUUAAAUGAAUUGUACCAGCAGUGUGUGUGUGUGUGUGUGUGUGUGUGUGAGAGAGAGAGAGAGAGAGAGAGAGAGAGAGAGAGAGAGACCGAGACCUAGUAGGUUUAAUGAUGUUUUAAUACUGUCUGGCUUCCCUUUGCUCUGGCCUCUUCUGGAUUUACGUGCAAUGCUACCAACUUAUGUACUCCAUGCAAUACAGUGGCCGGAAUUCCUCCUUGCCUAUCUGUGAAAGGUUGCAAGUGGAAAGCACAGAACAUUAGAGCUAAAAGCAACCUCUGGUGGCAGGCGUCAGUUUGGAAGGGAGGGGCCUGGAAAUGAAAAUGGCAACUUGUAAUUCUGCAGCAAAAGCGUGUUGACUAUGCAUUGUGAUGCCCUUUGCUUCUUCCUGGAUCUGUCCCUACCCCUGCCUAAUGAGUGAUUUCAUUUCAGGGUGGAUGAGUAUCCUUUCUCAUUCCACUAUUGCUUUCAGGUUUGUUUUGUAGGUUCCUUUUCAUUUUAGUUAGGAACUUCUCUGGGACACAAAAGGAGGGAUGAGCAUACAUGAUUGAAGGAACUUUUCAAACCAUGUGAUUUGAAGUUCUAAAAUGGCGAAACAUUGGUUGGACCCUCCUUCCUGUGUGUAAAGGACAAUGGAUGUUGUAUAAAUAGUAAACCAUAAGAAGCAUGAAUUUUCUUUCAUCUUUACUAGUGAUCUUGACAAACAAGUGAAUGCUUAAUAUGUUAAGUGGAGCCAAGUAUGCCACCGAAAAAGCAUUGUCUUUGGAAAAUAGCUGCAUCGUUAUCUGUGGUAAAAAUUUUGUUGAAAAGAGGCAAAUUGGUUCUGAGUUCUAAUCACAUUUUAUUAUCAGAAAGCUCAAGAUACUUUCUUUACAAAUACAGUUAAUCUCGUGCAUGACCUACACUGUGGGCCCACUAGAGGGUCAACUGUGUGCUAGUUACAGCCCUGGGGAUUUUCUAGAUCAAUAUGAUUUCCUAGAACAGUGCCAUUUGAUAGAAGUUUGGGGGAUGGUGAAAAAUGUUAAAAAUUAAAUUAUCCCAUGUGGCUAGUGGCUACCAUAUUGGCUAGUGGCAUCAAAAUGUUCCUGAAGUAACAGUGUGAUAAAGAGAGAGUUUGUGGGCUAGUAACAUAGAGUUGGCAAAAAGAAAGCUCUUCCAUUCUGGGCUUAAAAAGUACGUCAUCUCCAAUAUGACAGUAAACAUGCAUCUGCCGCCCUUGGAGUUAUUAUUUAGAUAUUUUGGACCAAGGAAGAGCAAUAAAGCUUAAAGUGGACUUUAUUAAGCCCCGUUUUUUGGGACCAUUAGCUGCAUGUGAAUUUAUUGUCCAAAAAUAGUAGUUAGAUUGUAGCUGUAAAAUGUUUAACUUGCAAGCUGUGCAUGACCUGUGUUGUGAAAUCGUGUUUAGGGUCUUAUGGCCAAAAAAGUAAAUGUUACAGGAAAAAAAACAAGCCUGUGAACUCCCCCUUCACUUCCAGUGUCUUUCCUGAACUCCAUUGCUGCAUUCGGAAGGUAUAAAAUCUAAGAGCAAACAUGUUUGCAGAGUUCAGAGUGUUUUUGUUUUCUUGGGACGUCUGACAGCUUGUCAUUCGAUUUGGUAUAGGAAUCUGGAUGCCAGUUUUUAGAUGCCAGACUAAAAUGUGGGUACUAUUUUUAGAAUGGGAUUUGACAUUUUUUCUUUUAGUUUACACUAGAGCUUUGCACAAAGGCACUUUUAAAAAUUACCAUUAAGCAGUUGUACAAAGGGGUUACAAUUCCACAAACAAAGGCACUUUUUACAUUUUGUUUUGUUUUACAACAGGAAGCAUUGACCAAUGGAAUUGAAAGACUGGAAGGGUAUUGAAGUUGCUAGGAUAGUUGUUGUUUUAUUUUUUUUUAAUUGAGUAAAAGAAAGCAGGAAAUUCAGUUUGAGAUAAAUUUCCAUGUAAAACUCACACUCUUUCUGGUAGUCUGAUAUUUAUUCCAGUCUAGGUAAUCUGAAGAGUUCCCAUUCUUGUAUUUGAAAUUUUGUGUCUCAAAAUUGGUUAGUCUGCUUUGGGUUGUAUUCCAUGUGUAAUGUAAACCAAAGGUAUUUGCUUUAAUCUAGCAGAUUUGAUUAAAGAAAUUGUAGAGUUUGUGAGUGGAGGAGACUGUUCUGCUAAAUUUUUUGUCAACGUGGUUGUUUUUUCAUUAGACUUCAGAAAAAUUAGAAAGCUCAAGGUAAUUAGUAGACAGGUGUGAAAUCAAAUACAGUAUGGUGUAUCUUCCCUUAGAAAAAUGAUGCUACCAGCCGAGGUAGCAUUUUGUUUGAAGUAUCAGUCAGGCCAUUUGUCAUCCUUGACCUAGAUGGAGAAUCUAUUCCUUGACAUCAUUCCCAGCAAAAUGUCACCCACAAGGUAAUCCUUACCCACACAGCUUCGACAGCAUGCCGGAGCCAAGGUCAUUUCAUGACAAUUUUGAAGCUAAAAGUGAAAUUUCAAAGCAAUAGUGAUCAGUUGCUGAAUGUUGUGAAACUUGAAACAUU